UCCUCUUCUUCUUCUUCUUCUACUGCUGCUGCUGCUGCUGCUACUGCUGCUGCUGCGAGCUCAAUGUCCGCGUCGCCAAACGGCGCUUCGACGCCGAGCUUGGCCUGUUCCGCGCCCAAUGCAUCGUCGUCCUCCCUCGCUGCGUCCGCGCACCCCUUGCUCGCAAAGAAGCGACAAAGCUCUCCUUCACUGCUCAUGUCCGUCACCACGCGCGGAUGGUCCCCGUCGUCAUCGUCGUCGGCGUCGUCGUCCCCGUCGUCGUCUGCAGUCCCACUCGAUGCAGCGGCAAACAACUCUGCCGCAAUAGCGAACGCUGCAUCCGUCGCCUCUGCUGGAAGCAGUAGUGGUGGUGGUAGUGGUACUGGCAGCAGUAGUAGUAAUAUUGGUAAGGGCAAGGAUGCUGGCGGACGGCGCACGUUCGUGGUCGGCGCCAGCAUCGCCGAGGUGGACGAACCCUCCUCGCCCAGACGCGAGCGAGCAAAGUCGUCAUCGCCGGACGCUCCGAUGGUAGCGCCUGAAUCGGGCAAUCUCUCGCAGUAUCGCCAGCUCCCGAGCUUUGACUCAAACUACGAAACGGACAGCUUGGCACCUUCGUCGGGCCCCCCGAGUCCCCUUUCGAGCAUGCCGCCGUCCAACCUUGUUUCCGCAAACACCUUGACAACAUCCGCAUCGAUGCCUCACACUGGCACUGGCUCGGCUGCGCACAGCCAACUGGUGGCCGGGCGCUCGCCUUCCGCUGAAUCGCCACUUUCCCUCUCCGUCAGCGGGAAUGUUCAAAACUUGCGGGGACACUUUCAGCAGUUGCAAGACGCUCGCGACGCGGGAAGGCGAUCCCACUUGCCAUCCGACGUGGCAGCCUUUCGGCUGCGACAAGCUCGGCACCUCGAGCACCUCGAGCACCUGAAGGCAGCUGCGGCAGCAUCUCCUUCGCGAAGUGUAUCGCCGACAGGCAGCGUGCUGACAUCCUCGCCUUCCCCAGCAUCAGCAGCACCUCCUGCUGCUGCCGUAUCUUCUUCCCCGGCUGGCCGGCCCUAUGUCGCCCGGCAGUUUGCCACGUCCGAGUCAAGUGCUGCGUCGCCCCUGACCGUUCAUUCUUCGUUGUCGUCGUUCCAGGGGUACGAUGGCGUGCUUCCCGUCUCCUUUGAGCUAUUGAAUGCCAGCGCAAGCAGUGAGUCCGGGACUUCCUCUCCAGCCGACACUCUUCAGCGGCAGCGAUUGAGCCACGUCCGAUCGGGCAGCCGCCACAGCACGUCGUCCGGCGAGUCCACUGUUCGGAGCGCUCCCAAGAAUGUCUAUGAGGCGCUGUAUGACUACCGGGCGCGAAGGAACGAAGAGGUGUCGAUCGGCAAGGGCAACACUCUGAAGGUGUUGCAAAAGCACGACGAUUCGGGUGAUCCCGACUGGUGGAAGGCAGAUAUGGGCAACGGGGUUGUUGGAUUUGUGCCGGCCGGGUACUUGACCGAGUCUCGGCGAACGCGGCGCGUGCGACCUCCGAUCGUGCGCCACGGCGAUCCACUCGACAACCUUUUUCAACGGGACGCCUCUGCCCCCGCGGCUGCCAACCAGGAUGGCGCGGUUACUGGCGCCCUCCCAUCGGGAUUGGCCAAAUCCAGGUCGGAAUCGCUGGCUGCGUCCAAUGCCUCCUUCUCACCUACGGCGGUCGCCAACUCUGCCGGACUUCUUGACGCUCAUCACUCAAUGUCGCCAUGUGGUGCAGCGUCUGAUGCUGCCGCGCGCCUCGAUCACGAGGAGCUCUUUUCCAGCGAAGGACCGACCUACGCAGAAGGCGACCUGGACAUUAUGGACGACGAGUCGCGCUGCAACUUUGCGCGGCUCAAAACCAUCGAGGAGCUUCUUGAAACGGAGCGAUCCUACCUGGACAGUCUGAUGAACAUUGUGGAUGUCUUCAUGUAUCCCCUCUUUGAGCGCCUCGAACGCUCGCAUGGUGUGAUCAACCGCGUCAUCAUUCGCGACAUCUUCUCCGAGCUUCCCGCCAUUUGCAACGUGAAUGGCGUGUUGCUGCAGGACGUUGAAAACAUUGUCAAUCGAUUCACCAUCCAUGUCCACCAACAGCCCGCCACGGAUCGGCCACGACGUGGAAGCAUGCAGUCGACCGGCUCUGGCGUCGCUUCCCAUCAGUCCGCGACUUCAAUGCAUCACCCGCAACCUUUGCAGCCCGAGCCGUUCCAUCAGCAACAACCAUCGGUUCAACCCCCUUCAGACGGUGCGCCGUCGGACUUUGAAUUCCCUGGUUCCGAAACCACCUUCACCAUUCCGUCCAAGUACGUGCCAGCCAUGGUGGAGGAAGUGGCUCGCGUCUUUGUCCGCAUGUCUCCGUUUUUGAAAAUCUACACUGCAUACGUGCGAAACUUUGACUAUGCCAUGGAGACGCUGGCGACGCUUGGGCAUACAAGCAAGGCGUGGCGCAAGUUUCUUCGCCUUGCCGAGGCCGAUCCGCGCUGCCAUCGCCUCCCAUUGGACUCAUUGUUAAUCAUGCCGGUGCAGCGCGUUCCGAGGUACAAGCUGUUGCUCAAGGAGCUCCAGAAGCACACACCCGGGCACGAAAACACAGCCUUCAAACUUCUUGACGAAGCCGUGACAAAGCUCGAUGAAGUGAUGGCGCACAUCAACGCCAAAACCAAGGAGAAUGACGCAAGAAUGCGCGUCACAACCCUUCAAAACGAGCUUCGAGGUUUGCGGCAAGUGCGCACGCGGCUCGUCCAGCCUGAUCGCACGUUUGUGCAAGAAGGACGAGUUUUCGAGCUCGAAGGCAGCAGCAUCAGUCCUCGAGUCCUCUUGUUGUUCAACGACUGCCUCAUUCUCGGACGGGAAAGCACGGGGCCUCUUCGUCGCCUGCCUGUGACGAUUGCACGCACAGUCAUCCCGCUCCGGUCGACCUGGGUCACCGAUGUCUCCCAACCAGAGCCUGAGGCUGCAGGAGGUGGAGCAUUCCGAGCGAGCACCUCCUCGACAACGGCCUCCAUGUCACAGAGCUACACGGGCUCAAUGCUUGCGCCGGCUGCAGGUCAAACGAGCGGAAGGACGCACCGCCCCGCGAGCCGCAAGCCGAGCGGCGAAAGUAACGUCGAAUUUCACACCUCCUUGCACGACUCACCCCUUGCAAGCCUCGGCAACCUGCCCGAGGACAGUGCAACUGUCAGGCGGCAAAAGCAACAACGCCAUCUGCAACUCCGCCGAAAGCGCGAACUGGUCAAACAGAGCGUCCUGCAACAGCAGCGGGCGCUCGAUGCGAUGCAACAGCACGAGCAAGUGGAUCACGAUCGCGAGGACGCGCAGCUGGUCGACCAGGGUGACGAUGAGACUUCUGCUCGCUUGAACGCCCCGAGCGACGCAUCCACGACUGGGCUGAUCGAUGAGAUGCCCAUGCAAACCUUCUCGGAAGAGUCCGACGAAGCUUUGGAGCUGACUGGCAAUCAAGAUUACGACUCGCCACCCGCAGAUGCGCGGUACGCCUUGGUGAUAUCGACCACUGUUCCGGCGUUUUUCAGUUGCUUCAAGCCUGUGACGAAGAGCACCGUGCUGACCUUCAAGUCCGAAAGCGACAAGAUGCAAUGGAUGCACAUUCUACAGGACGCGAUUACCAGUCUUGCCAACACCGAACGUUACCGUCUUGAACUUGUCAAGGCGCACCUUGCUCGCAACAAGAGACCAUCACGUUGGCAGAUGUUGUGCUGCUGUUGCCAACCCUCGACCGAUCCCUGGCGGCUCGCUUGAGACUUCUUUUUUUGUUUUUGUGUGUGUGUGUGUGUGUGUGUGUGUGUGUGU